AUGAGCCAUACACGCACAGAGUCGGACAACAAGGUCAUACUACUACGACCGCGCCCUCUCACGAAGGAGCCUGCUUGUCUGGCGCUCGUUCGCCUUUUGCCCGAGCGACCACCUCCUAUCCAUCUUCCAUUCGAACUGUGGACCCGUAUCCUAUUCCAUGUUUUGGGUCAAGGCAAUGAUUGGCUGGAGCGUCUACCUGUGGCGGAACGAAGGAAGCAAGUCUGUAGGCGCUGGCAUCUUCUAAGCGUCUGCAAGUCAUGGGCGGAAAUCGCAAAGCCUUUGCUCUACCAACAUCUGCAUGUCUUCACCUUGUCGUCACUCGACAAGCUCGUCACUCUGCUGCACAACGCGGACCAGAAAUGGGACUCCAUUCGCCGCAUCCCGCACGCGACCCCGAAUCGCUGGGUCCGCUCAUUGGACGUCUCAGAAGUCAGGUCCAGCAUACCAGCCGCCGCCAUGGCCAUCGAUCUCCUACUCGCGAAGAUGUUCCCUCUAGUCCCGUACCUCGAAAGGCUAUCGUUGUGCCCCGACUACGCUCUCAGUCGCAGCGCACUCGCAAGCCUUAGUGAUAAGGAGGGGCUUCAGCGACUGAAGUCUCUCAUGGGUUUCAAGGUCGUACAUGGAGACGGGGACUGGGGAGCGAGUGCCAGCACUCUAGAUCCCACUUUGACUAUUCUGCAGCGGUGUAGUGGGCUGGAGCAGCUCGAGAUUGUCAACGAUGGCGGGCCACCUAACGAAGAGACCGCCUUACUGGAUCUGGAAGACCUUGAGGUCUUUCCGGACCUACCAUCCCUAAGCCUUCCAAGACUCACUUCCUUGUACCUCCAAACACCCUCACCAACUCCCAUCAUGGCGGCCCUGCUGCGCGCCGAAGUCCCUGCAUUACGCCAACUCAUGAUCACGCCCUACAGCGAUUCACCGUGCCCUGUUACCGCCCUCAUACUAUCAAGGCACGGCGCCAAUCUCAGCAACCUAAACCUACAACCUCCAAAGCACUGGGGCACCAUUGUGGAUGCUCAGCCCUCCACCAUUCUAAUCACAUCUCCCCGUCUACGCCAACUGUCACUCGAAUACCCACUUCCGAUACUGGCGUCGCCAACCGGCAUACUUCACCCGCUACAUACGCUCACAAUACCGCGACCGAACGCGCGCUUUCUACAUGCUCUAGAGGUUCUGUUGGCCCACCUACCAGCGCUCCGUAUCGUGCGAGUGCGUGGUGUUCGCUGGCUGCGCUCCGGCGUCUCGAGCAAGGCGCUUGAGGCUGGUGUCCAAGGGGAGAUGCGAUUGUGGCGACGGCGCCUUGCCCGCAAGAAUAUACGUCUGGUCGAUGCUGAUGGCAAGGACCCUCUCUAA